GUUGGAAACCUUCUAAGGCUCUCCCCGCCGCUCUCUCUCUCUCCCAACUAUUAAAAAUCCAAGAGAAAGAAGAAUAUCACGGCGGCUUUUUGCUUCGAAACAUCAGUAAAAUUUCAAACCGCUAAUUCACUCAAUUGUACAACGCUCGUAGUUCUACAGACCUUUCGUUUUCGCUAGUUCUACUACCCACCGGAACAAUCUCCCUUGAUAGAGUACCCCACUACCCGAAUUGAACGAUAGGUACUUCUCAGGUUAUCUUAUCAACAUCACGAGUACGAAAAAAACUACCUUUAUUGGUGUUUUGUAGCCUUGGACUCGAUAACUGCACCAUAAGAACGAUUUAAGAAGUGCAAGUUGAGUUUAGACAAGCAGAACAACAUGGCUUUACCAAAGCGGAUCAUCAAGGAGACGGAGAGGUUGAUGAAAGAACCGUCAGUAUAUCUUUCUUUGGCGUUGGAUCAUACUCUAGCUAACAAAUAUAUAAAGUGUUCCCGGCAUCAGCGCAGUACCCCACGAGGACAACCUAAGAUAUUUCGACGUAUCAAUACAUGGUCCCUCCUCCUCCCCGUACGAAGGUUAGUCCUAUUUCCGAACCACUUUACCAAAGUUCACAGACUUAUGCGGAUUUACAGGCGGUAUUUUCAAACUCGAAUUGUUUUUACCUGACGACUACCCAAUGACUCCUCCCAAAAUUAGAUUCCUCACCAAAAUCUAUCAUCCAAAUAUCGACAAGCUUGGCCGAAUCUGUUUAGACGUUCUCAAGGGUAUGUGAUUUUAUUUCGUGCCCCUUAACCUCACUCCAGAUGCAGUAGACUGAUCUCGACUCAAAUAGGCAACUGGUCUCCUGCACUCCAGAUUCGAACAAUCCUCCUCUCGAUCCAAGCUCUCCUCGGUGCUCCUAACCCUGAUGAUCCUUUAGCUCCAGACGUGGCAAAGAGAUGGAAGGAGGAUGAGCCAGCAGCGAUCGCGACUGCUAAAGAAUGGACAAGAACACAUGCUAUGACUUAAAUCUGAUCUAGCCUUACAGUACUGGACGGAUAUACAUGAAUUAUGGUUAGACGAAAGAAAUGCGAGGGGUUUUUCGGUAUAGAAAACCGUUUUGCUUCGCAAAAUAGCGUGGAUACUGCGCUGGAAAGAUUUUGUUUUUUUUGGUAGAGAGAAACAUCUCAAAAUGUUGCGGGAAGCCUAUUGUGAUUUUAUUAGCAUAACUGACUUAUUUCCAACCAACAAAUCCGGACCUUUUCCCCUGUACUG